CCGACCAACAGAUAGCAUCAUUAUGUGCAUUAUCGGGAAUUGUACAUUGAAUUGAACAGGUUGCCAGCUUCUGCCACAAUAGACUGUUAGACUGUUCGCAAUCUGAAAAGAGCUGGAAAUGCUCAACGCUACAAUAAUAAGCAUGUCGUAUUGCUAAACUUCCACACCUUUCAGUACUCAUGAUGACCGACCUCACUCCCGUUUUCAAUGGUUUCCUUAAGCAACAUGAAGCUUCUAUUACAAAACGAAGCUUUAGCUUGGACAGCUUGGACGAUUUUUUGAAGGAGGCCUAUAGAAUAAAUUCACACAUAGCUUCACUCCACGCCGACCUUAGGAAUAUAAGACAAUCGUAUCUCUCAACUGCCCAACCGCGAAAGACCUUGAUCCGAUCGGCGCACUCAGACAAACAAUCGAGGCCGCUUUCGGAUCGAGAGCGCGAGGAGAUAGAUGCCAAUGCGAAGAAAAUGCUACGCGAGCUCAAUGCGAGCAUCCGCCGCCUCGAAGAUGUCGAGAAAGCACGAUCGGAAAUCGAGUCUAGGAUAAUUGAGAAGAAAUUCGCUCGCGGUCCAGGCGCGUUAGGAGCAUGGGCGGCAGGUGGCGCAUCAAUUAGCAAACCACCCGAACACGUUAAAGCCGAAGAACAAGUGAAGACCAUUCGCAAUCACCGAGAUAGCGUAUUGUGGCUUUUACGGCACCGACUCCAAGAAUGCGUCAAGACACAACAAGAUAUGAUGGAGAUACGGUUAAUGAGAGAAAUGGAGAAGAGUAGGAGCGUGCUGGCUAAGUCACGAAAACAAGAUAUUCCCCUGGGCGCGUUAGCGAGUGUGCAAGAGGCGGGAAGUCCAGCGGAGUCAAAGAGGAGGGCAAGUCAGGCAUUGCCUCCCGACGAGGCACCGACCUACGCCCCUACAGGAGAUUUAACUACGGAACAAAUACAAAUGUUCGAGAAGGACAACCAAGAUAUGCUCAAACAUUACGAGAGCACAUUAGAUCAAGUCAGGACUGCAGAAAAGUCACUGCUUGAAAUAUCAGAGCUCCAAACGCAACUCAUAGACACGUUAACGACACAAUCGGCGGGUAUUGAGCAGCUGGUGGCUGAUUCGGAAAAGACAACCGAGAAUAUAGGGGGAGCUAACAGACAGCUCGGGGAAGCAACGCGGAAAGCAAGCCCAGCCAGGUACACAUUUUUUGCAACUUGCGGCUUAUGCGCAUUUUUGAUAGUAUGGGAUUUAGUUAUAUAAGACUACCUAUCUUAUAUGCGGAUGGAUGUUGUGAUAAAGUAAUGUACGACAAGAAAAAGCAUGUGAAGAGGCUGAAGGUUAUAGAAGAAAUCACAUGCCGAGUUAUUCUAUAGUCUAGUCAAUAACACCUAGUCGAACUACUCCUUGGGUUGACUUGAAGGCUCUUGGCAUCAUCUAACUGAUGCAAAAUCAAUGUGAUUAAAGCUACUAUAGGUGCGCAAGCAGAAAUGGCAGGUUCAAUA